GCAAAGAAAAUUCUCAGGAACCUGAAGUGCCGACAAUUCUAACUCCCCAUUCUUUGUCUCUACUUUUCAAGGUAUAACCUAAAAGUUGGUCAAGAAAUUGCUUCGAACAACCAAGCGUAAUCUUGUAUCUAUAUAUAUGUUUACCAUUUAUUCGUUUGCAUCGCAAUCUCCAACAGCUGGCUUCUUGCAUUUUCAAUCUUAUAUCAAGCUUUUACCUCACCCAUCAUCAAUGGCCACUGCAACCUCUCUCAAGCCAAUUUCUUCUCUCAAAUUCUCUAACCUAAAAUCCAACUCCUCCUUUUUUCAGCCACAAACACAACUGGGUUUCGCUCGUUCACAAGACUUCUCAAUCCAAAAGUUGAAACUCUCCACAUCUCAUCACCAUUUUUCAUCAAGAAAAAGCUCCUGGAGCAUUGGCACUAAAGCCUCCUUCUCCUUCUUCAAGAAACCUAAGUCCUCAUCAGAAUCUCGAGAACCCACCAAAGUUCAAGAACUCAACGUCUAUGAAAUAAACGAACGAGACAAGGACAGCCCAGCAGUCCUAAAACUGAGUAAAAAACAAGAACUAUCUCUGGGGGACCUGGUGCCCUUCACCAACAAGCUUUACACUGGAGACCUCAAGAAAAGAUUAGGCAUAACUGCUGGCCUCUGCGUGCUCAUCCAGCACGUACCAGAAAAAAAAGGCGACAGAUACGAGGCUACAUACAGCUUCUACUUCGGAGAAUACGGGCACAUAUCAGUUCAAGGAGCGUAUCUGACGUAUGAGGAUACAUAUCUGGCGGUGACCGGUGGGUCUGGAAUUUUUGAAGGAGUGUACGGACAAGUGAAGCUGAAGCAAAUAGUUUUUCCUUUCAAGCUUUUUUAUACUUUCUAUUUGAAGGGGAUACCUGAUUUGCCUUGUGAGCUUUUGGGAAAGCCUGUGAUCCCUUCUCCUAACGUUGAACCUGCUCCGGCUGCCAAGGCCACUCUGCCGUCUGGGACUGUUCUUCACUUCACCAAUUGAUGGAUGCUCUUGUUCGCGAUCCUGAUCAGCUACACUCUAGCUAGCAAAACAUUAUUAUGUUUUUUUUUUUUCCGACAUAAGUUGUUUCUAAUUCAAAAUAAUAUUUAAUUUCUUAUAGAAUAAUAAAUAAGCAACGAUAGAAUAAUAACCUAGCUAACGUGAAAACGAAAUGGAAUAAUUUUAUUUUAUUACAAUGAAGAGAGUUGCUCCAACUCGAAAUUUACAAACAUUAUAUUCAUUGUCGGAUUACGUUUCUUCUAAUGCAAAAUAUUGACCAGCCCAUGUGAAUGAAAUGGGAUGAACAUGGGCCAAUAUAU